UCAGAGGGCUUAAUAGCCUCCAUAGAGCCAAUAUCUUUCAUAGAGAUGUGAAGUGCGAAUAUCUUCCUUAAUAAAGAUGGUACUGCUAAGUUAGGAGACCUGAAUGUCUCCAAAGUGGCUAAGGCAGGCCUACUGUCUACACAGACAGGAACUCCUUAUUAUGCAAGCCCUGAAGUCUGGAAGGACAAGCCUUAUAAUAGCAGCAGUGAUAUUUGGUCGCUUGGAUGAGUUCUUUAUGAAAUGAUCUGUCUCAGACCCCCUUUCUUAGCCAAUGAUAUGGAAGAGCUAUAUGAAAAGGUAUGUAAGGGAAAGUAUCCAGACAUCCCUGAUAAUUAUUCCUUUGAUUUGCGAAGAGUUUUAUCUCUUAUGUUACAAGUCAAGCCAAGCAGAAGGCCUAACACUAAAGAACUUUUACAACUAAAUGAAGUGAAAAAUAAAAUAGAAGAGCUAUAUUUUGAUGUAGGAGAAAUACCUAAUUCCAAAAUGGGGAUUAGGAAUUCACUUCUCAAUACUAUUAAGAUGCCUAAAGAGUUUGUAGACUUAACAAGGAAAUUACCAAAACCCAACUAUUCUUGUGAUAGGCCUAUUUUUAAGACCAGAUAUCCUGAGUUUGGAACAAGUGAUGGUAGAUUGAUGAUGAGCGAAGAUGAAGAUGAUGUCUGAAAUUUCCAGUCAAUUAAAGGAUCUAGCCCGAGAUCAAAGAUUCUAAAACCUCUUAAGAAGCAGAGCAGAAAGCAAGGAACAAGAAAUAGAAUCAGUCUAAAGGAUAAAUAAGGAGAUAAAGAAAUCAAUGAAGAAUGCUAAGAGAGUGAUUUCAAGGCAUAUGAAUCAUCUGCCUCAAAUCUCAAACGACAUGACAAUCGCUGCAUCAUACAUAAACAGCAAAGACAAUUAUUCGAAUCUGAACCUUCCAAGUUUGAGCCAGAAUAACUCAAAAAGUCGAAACUCACCAUCAGCAAAACAGUCAAUAGAUUCCACAAGGAAGGUUUAUCCUUGAGCUCCGAAAAAUAUUAUCAAUUUUAAGCUAAAAGCAAAGAAAAGACCCCAGCACAAGAUGCCUCCAAGCAAGAAUCUCAAUUCUAGGGGUAGUGAUGGACUCCAGAAUAGUAUCUUCAGGAACCAUAGAAAGAGAUACUCCAACAGGAUGGGUAUUAACUUGAAAUCAUAUAAAGUCAAUGUUUACAACAUCGGGAUAAAUUCAACACUUAAUAACUCAAUCAAUAAUGAUUCUGUGAGCCCAAGGCCUAAUGUCUCAAACCAGAGUCUGCGAUCAAGCAAGAGGUCUAUUCAGAGACCAUACUAUGACAUCCUUUCCAGAUCUGCGUUGAAAAACUCCUUGAGUGGGCCUAAUUCCCCAGAGGCUUCGAGGCUAUCAAAAGAGAGAUAAUUUCUAGAAAUAAUAGUAUCAGUAC